AUGACCACGCCGCUCUCGAUCGACGCCUACAAGCGCAAGCAGAAUGUGCUGGCAGCCAAAGCCCACGCGCGGCGAGUCGGUGCUUCUUCUGUCUCCAAAUCGAAAGAGGCCUACACCGUUGAACAACGCCGAUACCUGAACGCCUGCGUCGAAAAACACGCGGAUCCCGAUGAGAGGCUGCUGACGGCACUGCGAGACGCACGAUUCGUGCUUAAACUCGACCGCUUUGGGGGAGAAGAGGUGAUGAUUGAGUCGGGGUCGUCAUAUUUGCGCACCAUGUUCGACCGUCUGGGCUUGAAAAGAGCAUUCGCCUAUGAAAACCAGGGCGCUUCAGUCGUCGUGAGAUCGGCCUGCUCAUCCGCAUACAAGACGCCCGACUUGCUGCGCUUUCACCUCAUUGGAGUGAAAAUACUUCCUGAGGUCGUGCCUCCCCUCGCAAAGCAGCUUGAAGACGUCAGCCUCAGUGGCACCCACCUAGGCGACGAAGGACUUGAAGCGAUGGCUCUGGGGAAAUGCCCCAAGCUUCACUUGCUCUCCCUAGCUGGUUGCAACAUAACUGACAACGCGCGAGAUCAUAUCGCCAAAAUCAUCACCCUUCACGGUGUGAUCAAGGAUGAAGCGGUGUGGAGUUCGAGCUUGCGAGGUGAAGCAGCCCCGAAUACGUCAAUGCCCGAGCUUCUGAUUAAUUUGUCCAGAAACAAACUCGGCGACGCGACAGCUGAAACAAUCUGCGACGCACUUUACAACGACAAGUGGCUACUGGGCCUCAACCUUGGUGAAAAUCAAAUCUCACGGCAAGGAACGGAGACGUUUAUCGAUACGCUCGCCAACAGCAAUAAGACUCUCGCUGUGCUAGGUCUCGCAAACAUGAAAGAACCAGUGACAACGAGCGCACUGGAAACUCUGGACUCCCUACUUCGCGUCCGAAACCGCUUUCUCCAGCAAGUGGCCACGGAGUCGCGAGAGAAGCGCAUGACUCUCGGUAGUUUGCUCCUCGAUUGGGGUCUCGAUAAAGACACCAUCGUCGAGAUCUGCUACCUGGAAACACUCGGAAAGCAAGCCAAUACGAAAAGUACCAAACUAUCGAUGGUUUCCAAGAAACCUGCCUUAGUGUCACCGAAGACCCAAAGCAGCUUUAUCCCUCAAGCAUCGAACAACGAUAUGACCCGUCAAAAGACUCAUAGAAGCAACAAUGACGACGACGACGACGACAACAACAAGAAUGGUGAAGACGAUAGUGGAAAUGAAGACAGCGAUAGCGAUGGUGGCGAAGUUGCCGCUUCGACAGCAGAUAGUCACGUCAAAACGAUCGAGUAUCUUAUCGAGAGACUGAGCGCGCUAGAAUCAGAGAGACGAAAAACGCAAGCGUACGUGAGCAAGCUUGAGGCUGAAAACCAGCAGCUUCGCGUCGAACUGGAAGCACAGUCGGCAUCAGCUCCUUCACCUGGAAUCUCACCUAUUGAAGCUCAGAUCAUCGCACAGCUAGAAACUUCGAUCAGCUGCCUCGCGGAGCAAGAACCGGCCGAGCUGAGCAACAUGAAGGAGACGGCGCAGAUCCCCGUGCCCACCAAGGACCCUGCUGCGGCCAAGGACGACAAGACGCCCGAUGCCGCCAAGGCCACCAACCCGGCGGAGGACGCCCCCGUCGAGGAGGAGCUCUCGGAGGAGGACCGCAAGCUGAAGGAGGACCUGGAGACGGCCGUGGCGCGCGUGUGCGACAAGCAGGAGGAGCUGGGCGUCAAGCAGCUGGCGCUGGAGCUGCUGCGCCGCGAGAUCCGCACGGCCACGUCGUCCAUGACGUCGGUGCCCAAGCCGCUCAAGUUCCUGCGGCCCUCGUACGACGACCUCAAGGCCGCGUACGAGACGCUGCAGGCCGGGGAGACCCAGAAGCUUAUGGCCGACGUGCUGGCCGUGCUGGCCAUGACCAUGGCCAAGGAGGGCAGCCGCGAGAGCCUCAAGUUUAAGCUGCUGGGCAACAGCACGGACCUGGGCUCGUGGGGCCACGAGUUCGUGCGCUCGCUGGCCGGGGAGGUUGGCGAGGAGUACAACGCCCGCAUCACGGCCGAGGACGCCGUGGACCCGGACGUGCGCGACCUGCUGGAGAUCGUGGACGCCAUCGUGCCGUUCCACAUGCAGCACAACGCCGAGCCCGAGGCCAUCGACAUCCUCAUUGAAGUGCAGCAGCUUUCCAAGCUCCUGCAGAGCCCCGACAUCGACGAGAAGAACUACCAGCGCGUGUGUCUGUACCUGCUCGCCUGCGCCGACUUCAUGUCGGACGCGGACGACCUCGUCAACCUGCUCAACACGGCCUACUCGUUGUUCCUGCGGCUGGAGCAGUACCCGGACGCGCUGCGGGUGGCGCUGCGCGUGGGCAACGACGACUUCGUGGCCGAGGUCUUCCAGAAGUGCAAGGACGACGUGGUGCGCAACCAGAUGGGCUACAUCCUGGGCCGCCAGCGCUGCUUCUACGAGGACGAGAGCGAGGCGUCGGCCAACGAGAUCAUCGGCAACUCGGACCUGAGCGACAAGUUCCUGUCGCUGGCCCGUGAUCUGGACGUCAUGGAGGCCAAGACGCCCGAGGACAUUUACAAGUCGCAUCUGUCGGAGACGGCCAGUGUGGGUCGUGGCCGCGACUCGGGCUCGCAGCCAGCGGACUCUGCUCGUGCUAACUUGGCUUCGACCUUUGUUAACGCCCUGGUGAAUGCUGGCUACGGCACGGACAAGCUCAUGACCCCCGAGGGCAACACUUGGCUGUACAAGAACAAGAAGCACGGCAUGAUGAGCGCCGCCGCGUCGCUGGGUAUGAUCAUGCUGUGGAACGUGGAGGAGGGUAUCACGCAGAUCGACAAGUACCUUUACUCUGGCGAUGAGUACGUCAAGGCCGGCGCUAUCCUGGGUGUGGGUGUUGUCAGUGCCGGUAUUCGCAACGACUGCGACCCUGCCCUCGCGCUACUGUCGGAGCACAUUGACUCGGGCAACUGCUCCAUCCGCUGCGCUUCUUGCCUGGGUCUGGGCAUUGCGUACGCGGGCUCGGCUCGUGAAGAUGUAUCGGAGCUGCUAAUCCCGGUGGUUUCCCACGCCGACGAGAAUGCUGACAUCCAGGAGGUGUCGUACGCUGCACUGGCGCUAGGUAUGGUAGAGGUGGGAACUUGCGACGAGGAGGCUGGCAGCGUGCUGAUGCAGCGACUGAUGGAGAGCUCGGACACUGAGCUGGACUCUUCUUGCGCGCGCUUCCUUGCUCUUGGUCUUGGACUGUUGUACCUUGGCCGCCAGGAACGCGUGGAGGCCAUGCUGGAAGCUGCCAAGACUAUCGAGCACAAGAUGUCGAAGUACUUGGCCAUCACUCUGGAGACCUGCGCUUACGCCGGCUCCGGUAACGUGCUGAAGGUGCAGCAGCUCCUGCGCACGUGCGCUGAACACAUUGAGGACCCUAUUGAGGCACAGCACCAGAGCGUCGCCGUGCUUGGUAUUGCUCUGAUCACGAUGGGCGAAAGCAUUGGCAGUGAGAUGGCGAUGCGGUCGUUUGACCACUUGCUGCAGUACGGUGAAGUGGCAGUGCGUCGCGCCGUGCCGUUGGCGUUUGCGCUGCUCAGUGUGUCGAACCCGGAGUACGCACUGAUUGACACACUGUCGCGCCUUACGCACGAUGUUGACUCGGGUGUCGCUCAGAAUGCUAUUCUCGCGCUUGGUCUGGUUGCUGCUGGUACGAACAACUCGCGCGUGGCCGGAUUGCUUCGUCAGCUGUCGGAGUUCUACAGCCGGGAGGCAAACCACCUCUUCGUUGUUCGUAUCGCACAGGGUUUGCUGCACAUGGGCAAGGGUCUGAUGACCCUGCACCCGUUCCACUCAGACCGGUUGAUCAUGUCUCGCGUGGCAGUGAGCGGACUGCUGACGAUCCUGCACGCGUCGCUAGAUAUGGAGCACACGAUCCUGGACACGUCCCACUACAUUCUCUACUGUAUCGCCACAGCAAUGCAGCCCCGUAUGCUGAUCACGCUGGACGAAGAGCUGAACCCUCUCCCCGUGUCCGUCCGAGUCGGCCAGGCGGUUGAGAUUGUGGGUCAGGCAGGUCGCCCCAAGUCUAUCACUGGUUUCCAGACGCACACUACGCCCGUGCUGCUGAAUGUGAAGGACCGCGCGGAGCUCGCGACCGAAGAGUACCUCCCGCUGACGAACGUGCUAGAAGGCGUUGUUAUCCUCCGAAAGAACCCGGACUACGAGCCGGAGACUUAAGUGAGGGGCGAAGAGGAGAAUGGAGAGGCCGGGCCAAAAGAAAAGAUGGCGCUGUUGUUCUGCAGCCUCCGGCCGCUCUGUCUCCUCUGGCUAGCUAUAACCAAGCCAACACACAAAAUACCUUUAACGC